UUAUCUUAUGUAUCUUGGGACCACAUACAAAUCUUUAAUGUAAAUAUGACAAAACAAUAAAAGAUUCAGAAAUGCGAGAUUUGAAAUUGAUUAUGUGAGCUGUUUCAAUGAAAGAAGACAAAAAAGUUUUGACGCUCAACUAUUUUUCCAAAAGGAAUUUAAGAUGCUCCCGGUUCUUGACGUUGGAAAAACAUGGCCCCAGUAUAUGGCCGUUAUGACAGCUUUGAUAGCGAUGUUAAAUGCUGGUAUACACUUUGGAUGGCCGAGUCCGAGUCUACCAAAAAUUAUGUCUGACGAAUACAAAUUUAAUAUUUCUUCAGAAGAGGCGUCAUAUAUUACAAUUAUAGGCCCCGUUGGUGAUAUUCUAGGAAGUAUAAUAUACCCGUCUCUAGUGGACAAGAUAGGACGACAAAAGACAAUAUUGCUGAUAGCUGUUCCACAAAUUUUGUCCAUGACUAUGAUUUAUCUCUCAUUUUUCUCAAAAUUAUUAUUAUAUAGUGCAAGAUUUAUCGGAGGAUUAGCAGAAGCUGGCUGUUUUACAAUAUUACCCCUCUACAUUGGCGAGGUUUCGGAACCAAAAGUGCGAGGGGUAUUAGGCUCUCUAUUUUCUUUUGUCUUUAUAAUAGGAAUAUUCCUGGUAAACAGCAUAGGCUCAUAUGUUACUAUACAUACAGCAGCUUUAAUAUUUUUAGUACUACCAAUCAUGUUUGUGAUUAUAUUUUUCAAAAUGCCAGAAAGUCCGUACUUUUACAUUAUGAAAUCAGAUUUCAACAAAGCGGAGAAGUGUUUACAAGUAUUAAGAAGAAAACGGCACGUUGAGAGAGAACUUACUACUCUGAUAAACGACGUCAAUCGUCAAAUGUCGGAACCUGGAAGAUACAAAGACCUUUUUACUAUUCAAAGCAAUCGAGUAGCUUGUAUGGUUAUGUUUGGAUUGAGGAUUAUUCAGCAACUUAGUGGAACCUCUCCAAUUUCUUUAUAUAUGCAAAUUAUAUUUGAAAAAUCGACAGAUAUUAUGUCUAAAGAUUUGGCCUCUAUUCUUAUAUUUGGUCUCCAACUUAGUGUCAACUUUACUGCAGUGCUUAUUGUUGAUAAAAUUGGAAGGAAACCUUUACUGAUUACAUCUUGUUUAGGAUGUUCUGUGGUUCUUACAACAAUGGCUAUUUUCUUUAUCGUGCAGGACUUUACUGCUCUUAACCUUGCUAGCCUAAACUUUGUUCCUUUAGUUGGCAUAGUCCUCUUCACCAUAUUUUUUGCUAUUGGUCAAGGCAAUGUUGUGAAUCUUAUGAUGGGUGAAAUGUUUUCGUCGAGUAUUAAAGCAAAAGCAUCUUGCUUGAUGAACAUACUUUUUGCUAUUUUUAUGAUGUUUACCACCAAACUAUUUCAACUCACUUCGGACUAUUUUGGAAUGUACGUGCCGUUUAUAUUCUUUGCAAUUUGUCAGCUUUUAGGUGUUGCUUUCUCGUAUUUUGUUGUGCCGGAAACAAAAGGGAAGAGUUUAGAAGAGAUACAACAAGGGUUAAAGAAAAGUUGAAAGAUAAUCGCCAACAAGAGUUUGGAAUUUUGAAUUUUAUUUGAUGAAAAUAUUCUUACCAAAAGAUGGAGAUUUGCCAAACGAAAUGAGUGAACAUAACAUAAUGUAACAUAACGUAUCAUCAAUUACCAUCAAAUCAAUAAAAAUCGUAAAUAACAUAACCAAUAAAAAUUAUAAUAAAUAA